UUUCGAACGAUUUACCAAUGCGAAGUAUUUUUUGAGAUGUUUUCUAAUAUUUGUAGAUUAUUAUUAUGCAAAAUAGUGAAAAAGCCCAAUCAGGCGCUACUGGAAAUUGUAGUGAGUGGACCAAUAGUUUUUGAGCCUUUUACAAUACAAUGUAGAGGCCACUCGAAAAAGACAGUAAGUGGCUUUACUUCGAACAGGGUGAAAGGCAUCGAUCAUCUGAGAGAUCCAAGACUAAAUAAGGGUCUGGCUUUUACUCUGCAAGAGCGUCAGGCUCUAGGUAUCCAGGGGCUGUUGGCAGCGAGAUACAAAACUCAGAAGGAGCAGGUGGACAUCUGUAGACUCUCCUUGGAUCGAUACGAGAAUGAUUUGAACAAAUACAUUUAUCUUACAGAAUUGCAGGAUCAUAAUGAAAAACUUUUCUUCAGACUUCUCUCGGAAAAUGUUGAGAGAUAUAUGCCUAUUGUGUACACACCGACCGUUGGCCUGGCUUGCCAGAGAUUUGGUUUGGUCUACAGAAGGAUCCGGGGUCUUUUCAUCAACAUCCAUGAUAAGGGGCACGUAGAGCAAAUAUUAAAUAACUGGUAA